AUGGAACAACGUGACUUUCUGAAAGCGAAAGACAUUCGACUUGGACGACAGUUCCUUAUUCUGCUUGCCAAUGGCGCUGUUUUUGCUACGCAGUUCUUUGCGAUCAGGAAGAUGGUCGAUGUCAACUAUCCUGGCCUUUCAACUGGUGGUACGGCAUGGUUUACGGACUUAACGAUUGCAGAUCCGUACUAUGCGUUACCAUUGAUCAGUGCCGUGACGAUGGGUUUAGUAACUCGGGUCGGGAUUGAAAUGGGCACUUCUUCUGAUCAGAUGACGCCACUGAUGCGAGUAGGGAUGCAAUAUGCUCUACCAGUCGUAAUUUUCGCUGUUAGUUCGCAGUUCGCUUCGGGCCUUUGUGUGUACUGGUGUGCGUCGAACAUGAUGUCUCUUUUCUAUGCGGGCGCAUUUCGAACGCCAGCAAUCCGAAAGUUGUUCAAUAUUCCGCCGUUGGUGCGUGAUCCCACCACACAAAAGAAGAAAAAUGCGUUUAAAGAGAUUAUGUCAGGUUAUAAA